AAAAAUAAUCGUCCCCUGUUUGCAACUCUCUCGGCCAUGGCAGCAGCGGCGGCGCAGAGGCUUCUUGCGGCGAGCACGAAGAUCGUCGGGGCCGGGCGCAACUACAUCUCCCAUGCCAAGGAUCUCGGCAACCCUGUCCUCAAGGAACCCGUCCUGUUCCUGAAGCCCACGUCGUCAUUCCUCCACGCCGGCCCGACGGCCGGCCCCAUCGAGGUGCCCGAGCCGCUCGAGUCGCUGCACCACGAGGUCGAGCUCGCCGUCGUCAUCUCCCGGCGCGCGCGCGAUGUCCCCGAGGCCUCCGCCAUGGAUUUCGUCGGAGGUUAUGCACUUGCUUUGGACAUGUCAUCAAACGAUCUGCAAUCAGCUUCUAAGUCUGCACGUCUUCCUUGGACUUUGGGUAAAGUACAGGACACCUUUACUCCAAUUAGUGCGGUGGUUCCGAAAUCAGCGAUCGCUAAUCCCUAUGACCUAGAACUGUGGCUAAAGGUAGAUGGUGAACUUAGGCAGAAGGGACUUACAAGUGAUAUGAUAUUCAAGAUUCCUUUUCUAAUCAGUUAUAUCAGUUCCAUCAUGACAUUAAUGGAGGGCGAUGUGAUAUUAACUGGUACUCCUCCCGAUGGCGUUGGUCCUGUCCGAGUAGGACAGAAGAUUAAUGCUGGUAUAACUGACCUCAUUGAUGUUGAGUUCGAUGUUCAGAGACGCAAACGUUCAUUUCCUAACUGAUGCAGUAAGCAAGAAACUAUGAGGUGCAAAUCAUUCCAGAGCUCAUGUGGUUGCAUGCCCAAGCAAACUGUACUUCCAUAAUCUGUGUUGUGAUAUGUAUCUUUGCGCCUAUGGAUGUAGGAUUAAGCUCCCAAUUGCUGCAAUAUGUUGUAGAAAGGCUAUGAUGUUGCUGUAUAAUAGACUGUCAAGGACUGAAGGUCCAUUAUUCCUCCCAGAUUCGUGGAUACUUCCAUAUAAAGGCUCUCUCUAAGGUCCAAUAGACCGUCAAGGCCCAAUAGUUUGAGUAUAUGCUAUUGAACAACUACUGGAUUCACAGUACGCCUCUCAUACGAGAGGUUGACACACAGGUCCAGGGUGUCUGAAGCAUCACUGGCAUAUAGUCGUUUUGUUCAGUGACAGAUAAGCAACCUUUUACUAUCAGCCACAUAUUGUGCUUAUUCUGUGUAUGUGGAGACCUUCUCCAGACUUUAUGUAAAGUAUAGGACCAUCGAAUUGUACAUGCCAACCCUCAGAAAAA